AUGGAAGGUGACACUGGCACAACAGUAGCUGGCAACGCAGAUGGAAGUUCAGGUUUAUCAAAAACAGCAUUGCACUUUCCGGCGGGGAUAGUACUCGAUGAACAUGAUAAUAUGUAUUUCACUGAUAGAGAGAAUCAUCGAGUUAUGUACUGGGAAAAAGGUGCGUUGGAAGGCUCAACAUACGCUGGCACUGAAGGUGUUGCCGGCGACAACGACAAUCAAUUUAAGUUUCCUACCGCUCUUGAACGUUUACUAAGUUGA